GCGCUUGUUUUCGAACCACCACCAUGACAUGAGGAAGCCCUGCGCUUGAGCCCAAAUUCUACCCACUUUUCUCGCUACAAAGGCCUAUUGACGAACACAAGAUGUCUGCUGCGUCUCCCACUUUGCUUCCCCGGGAAUCUCGGUUUCCCUUGGUGUUGCCACACCUCAAUCAGCCAUACAUAAAGCCUUUGCCGCGUAAAGUACAGGUCUAUGGGCGGCUCAAUGCAUACCGAAAUCUGGAGCAAGAAAUUGCGGACCUAGAGGAUGAAGAGACAUCGCUCGAUACUGCGAUGCGCAAUAUACGCGACAGAGGCUUCAAUUUCCUCGUUCCUAUCGGCCGGAAUCUCACUCAGCAAGAAGAGAAGAAUGAUGAAGAUGACGGCGAAGACGACGAUGUUGACGACUCUGGGUCCGAGGAAGGCGCAUCACAACCAAGCACGCAACAGACGGACGCUUCUGAGGAAGAUGAGGACGAGGACGAGGAGGAAGAGGAAGAAGACCUUGAUGCAAGUAUGGAAGACCGUGACGAGGACGAUGAGGAAGAUGAGGACGAGGAAGAAGAGGAUUAGUGAACUUGGGUGGCAGAUAUUACAUGCGCAAUAUAUCUCAUCAACUUCCCGCGUGCAGACAUUCUGAG